AGGUGCGCAAGCAGGACCUGAGGCUGCUUGAGGCGCUUGAGGCAGUUUUGGCUCCGCCUUUGGAUGCCUGGGCUGCGGAAGAACCGCCACCGCCAGAGGAUCUGCCAGGCCCGGAGAUGGCUCCGGACCUGGACCCCCGCGCCGGCAGCGCCCGCGGCCCGCUCUCCCGCGGGGAGUACUGCCACGGCAAGAAGUGGCCCCAGAUCCGGUGGUUCCUCAGGCGCCUAAGGGCUUUCGACGCCUUCUCCCACGUCUUGGACGUGGGCGGGGGCCGUGGGGACCUCGCCAUGCAGAUCGCCGCAGCUUUUGAUGCGCGGGUGACGGUGGUGGAUGUCAAUGACCCCUCGCUGCAAGCUGGUCGCGAGGCAGCCGCCAAGCGGCACCUGGCCAUUGAUUUCAUGAAUCUGGACUUUGGAGACGAAGGCAGCCGCGAGCGUUUGCCGGCCGUCGACAUGGUUGUGGCCUUGCACGCCUGUGGCGGUUUGAGCGAUGCUGUGCUGGAGUUUGCAAGACAGAGACAGGUGCCCUUUCUGGUGUGCCCGUGUUGCCACUUGAAGCAUCAGCACCUGGAGCCCGCGAACGGCUGGUCCUCGCUGCUGCCUUUCCUGGCGAAGGAGACUGGGCCGAAUCCGCCGGAGGAGGCGCAGACCCUGCGGCAGCUGGCGGAACUGGAUCGUCGGGACAUCUCCUUCCGGGCCCUGAAAGUGAUAGCUGCCUUGCGCCUGCAAGCGAUCGGCUGGAACCAGCGCCUGCGCUGCACGCUGGGGAUGUUCCCUGAAGAAUUUUCCCAGAGGAAUCUCGUCAUCAUCGGAGAGCGCACUUGAUGAUCCCUUGCCCGGAAAAGUACAUCGACUGGGGGAUCCUCCGGUGGCAGACGAGGAAGUCAAGGUCAAGGUGGACAAUACUCGUGGGCCCGAAGCACGGUGCACCUUCGACCACGCGGCGCAGAUUUAUUUUUGCUGCGCGCCGGCGCCUUGCCUGGAGCGAACGCGCAAAGGUCAGCCACAGCGCCCGCACGGUGGACUUUUACCUCCCGCCAUGCGCUCAUCAGGAAGCAACCAUGCGCGCAGCCGUGCGCUGCACGUUGACGUUGGAUUUUUGGGCGCUUUCUUGAAGUCUUUGCAAGGGUGUUGUGGAGACAUAGAGGGCAGUGCGACUUCCGGCCUAGUUGGUUGCAGGACAAGAUAUCAAAGGAACCUCCAAUAGCUGAGCUGGGUAUUCAGCCACUUUGACAAGGUGGUUAUGCCUUGGCGGGCUGUUGCUUGAAGCUCCUGCAGCGUGCAAGCUGAACAAUGAGGUCCUGUGAGCAAUGGAUCGUCCAGUUACAAAACUUGCGACA